AUGUCUAUUUCUAUCAAUGGUUCUCAACGUGGAUAUUUCAAGUGUGCUAGAGGGGUCAGGCAAGGAGAUCCUUUAUCUCCUUUACUGUUUUGUUCGGCAGAGGAAGUCCUCAGUAGGGGUAUUUUGAAACUUGUAGAUGAUGGGAAAGUAGAAUUGAUAAAAGCCUCAAGAGAUACUCAAAUCCCCUCCCAUUGCUUCUAUGCAGAUGAUUUGAUGGUUUAUUGUAAAGGUAAAUUGUAUAGUCUUGAAGCAUUAAAGGAUCUUUUUACAAGGUAUGCCUCUUGCUCUGGUCAAGUCAUUAAUCUUGGAAAAUCUUUUAUUUUCUCUGGUGGAGUUUCAAACAAUAUGCUAAGCACUAUGGUUAACCUGCUUGGUUUCAAUAUUGGUUCUCUUUCUUUCACUUACCUGGGUGCUCCAAUCUUUAAAGGUAAACCUAAUACCAUUCAUUUUCAACCUAUUGCUGACAAAAUCAAACUUAAACUUGCUUCCUGGAAAGCCUAUCUUCUAUCUAUUGCAGGUAGAGUCCAAUUGGUUAAGUCAGUUGUACAAGGAAUGAUGAAGAGGGUUUGUGCUGAUCUUGAUGAAAGAAGGCUUGGAACAAAAUCUCUGAUUUGUCUUAGUGAAGCUACCAAUCUCAAACUUUGCUGGGACGUAUUGCAUUCUAACGAGACAUGGGCUGUCAUCAUCAGAAGUAGAACUCUGAGGGGUACAUAUUGUAUUCAUCAUCAUAUCUAUUCUUCCAUAAGGAGUGGAAUUAAGCAGGAAUUCAAUACAAUCAAAGAAAACACUAGUUGGCUAGUUGAAAAUGGGGAUAACAUCCAGUUUUGGCUAGAUUCCUGGUGUAGGAAGCCUCUUAUACAAGCUCUUAAUCUCUCUCUGAAUCAGAUCCAAAAUCUUCCUCAAUGCAUCAGUAGUUAUAUUCAGAAUAAUCAGUGGGACACCCCAAAUGAACUACUGCAUGCUAUGCCAGAUUUGAGAAGGCUUGUUACUCAAGUAACCAUACCAGUGCAACAAAAAGAGGAUGAAUUGAUCUGGUGUCAUAGCACUAAUGGCACUUUGUCUAUGAAAGAAGUUUAUGAGUCCAAAAAGCAUCACUAUCCUAAAAGGAAAUGGGCAAAGCUGAUAUGGUCCAAAGAUUAUCCUCCCUCAAAGUACCUCAUGAACACUGUCCAGGGUUCUGCCUAUCAUGCUGAAUUAUGUGGUGCAAUGAAAUCAAUUGAGUUGGCUCAUAUUUAUCAUUGGAAGAACUUAUGGCUUGAAGUAGAUUCAUUACUGGUAGUGAAUGCCAUCAAAAACAACAAACUUGUUCCUUGA